UUAAUCUAAUCUAAAAAGAAAUGAUAAGUUAAAUUAAAUUCCUCAAUAAAGAAAUCAUUUGGUGACACUUAAAGUGAAACGGGAAGUCACAUAAUUGUUUUUUUUUUUUUUUCAUCUGUCGCAAUAUAAUCAAACAUCUUUCAGUUCACUCACGAUCUUAAAUAUACAAGUGCAAAGUUAAGUGAAUAUACGAAGGAUUGCGAGGUUUCUCUUUAAACCCGCAACGGCGUUAUGUGAAAAGUUACAUAUGGCAUUAUUUGAACUCUUAGUAUUUGAAAAUCGAAAGAAUUGGACAACUUUGAAUCUCGGAUGGUACAGAUGAGUGUAUCAAAGAGGUACCCGAUGCUACUGUUGGCAUUGGGGUUGAUUUUCGCGCAAUCGUCUGUCGGAGCUUUAUUGCGAGAAGGUACAUAUUUUGCACGAUCGAAUGUUUCGUCCGAAUUCAACGGGACGAUUUCCAGUCACAAUUUUUCGGUCAUCAGGAUCUUGUCCGAUGGACGGUCGGAACGAUUCAUUCGGUGGCCUGGAGCUUGCGCCAAGGAGCUCGUUGUCAAUUGGGGAAAUACGGACGUGAUGCUGCGACAAAUCUGGCUUCGUAAGUCAAAGAGAAAGCUGCAAUUGAUAUACGCCGGUGAAACAUUGACUGACUGCAUUGACGAGAAGCUCGCGUGGUGGGACGACAGCGAGUGUUUGCCCAGCUCUCGCGGUGUCUAUCGUUAUCACGAUGACGGUGACGAGGUGUCGACGAUGAUCGAGGUGUUCCAACUGGACGAUAAGGACAUUUCGAGGAUACCCCGUGACCUCUCUUGGCUAUUGUCGACAUCGGAGCUUCGUCACCGGUGUGAUCGCAUGAGGAUGCGAGUGCGCGGCCAAGCCGUAGCCCAACAUCGACACAGGAAAUACGCAAAAUCCACAAACGCGACAACUGAUGGCAAGCAAAGUCGGAGUCGGAGUCGGAGUCGGAGUCGAAGAGAAUUAUUCAUGAUACCAGGGACACAAUGGUGCGGUCGUGGUAACCGUGCUACCAAGUAUACAAAUUUAGGUGGCUUUAGCGUGGCCGAUGCCUGUUGCCGUAAACACGAUACGGCUUGUCCCUUUUACAUACCGGCGUUCGAAAUGCGUUACGGCGUUUUCAACUGGAGAAUUUCGAGCAUGAUGCAUUGCGCUUGCGACGAGCGAUUUCGCGCAUGUUUGAAAAUGGCUGGAACUGCAUCGGCAGAUUUUAUAGGCACAAUCUUCUUCAAUGUACUCCAAUCAAAGUGCUUUAUUCUGAAACCGCAAAAGAUAUGCGUGAAACGGUCUUGGUGGGGCAAGUGUCAGCAUCAUGAGUACCGAAAACAGGCCUACGUACGAGAUAAUGUUCCUUACUAAGGGAGUCGUCAAUAAGAGAUCGUCAUAAAGAAAUAAUGAAGUAUUCUUCUUCCGGAGAUGUCAAUAGCAAUUCUCAGGGAUGUGUAAUAUUUUGUCGAAUACUUAUAAUAUAUAUCAAAGAAAACAGAAAGGAAGAAACUCAAAUCGAUUAUUAAAUCGAAAAAUUAUCGCCAAAGAUACGCGCGAUUGACAAUACAUCGUAAUGUCCUAAAUACAGAGAAUCAUUAUAUCGAGUCUGCCGAUAGACAUCUUGAAUUAUGAUAUCAAAAACAAAGAGAUUGCAUACAAAUGCACGAUUUUUCAAAUUUACUUACAAUUAAUUUCUUCUUAACAAAGUUAAAUACGGUGACAUAAGACUUUUCCUAUUUCUCCGAUUACAAAAAUCGAUGUGGAUAUCGGCAGCCGUUAUAUAAUGUAGAGUUAUUAAGCUUGUAGAUAGAAUUCGUUAACUUUUAAUAAAUAUUAUACUAGCGUACUAUUAAUAAACUAAUGGAAUCGUGGUGUUGAGCUUUUGUUCAUUAACGCACUCGUGAAACUUUUAGUGAAACUUAACAUUCCAAAGAUGUA